CGGAGGGAGGGGGUGUUUCACGGCGGAGAGGCAGGCAGCAGCGCCGCAGCAUCGUUACAACAAGACCGGCUGCCGGGCUUUGUUUUGUGGACGUGAAUGAGCUUCAUCACCUCCUGCAGAAAUGUGGACGGAUAUAAGGACACUGCUACUUUUUCAUUCGUUACUCCUGAGGCUUCACUUCUCGGGAGCAACGGAUGAGUGUGAGGAUGGACAGUUUCAGUGCAACAACAAAAGGUGUAUACCGACCAUCUGGAGGUGCGACGACGAUGACGACUGCUCAGACAACAGUGAUGAAGAAAAUUGUCCCAGGAAGACAUGUGCCCCGGCAGAGUUCGCCUGCUUAAAUGGCCAGUGUGUCCCUGGACGCUGGCGAUGCGACGGGGAACCAGAGUGUCCCGAUGGCUCUGACGAGGCAGAGGAGACCUGCAGCAAACAGACGUGCCCCCCAGAGAAAUUUGACUGUGGGGGAUCCACCAACAAGUGUGUCUCGUUGUCAUGGAGAUGUGAUGGGGAGAAGGACUGCGAGAACGGGGCAGACGAGGAGGACUGUGCAUCUGAUGCCAAAGCCUGCCCCAGUGGUGAGUUCAUGUGUGCCAACCGUAAGUGCUUGGCCACCGUCUACGUGUGUGACGGUGACGACGACUGUGGAGACGGCAGUGAUGAGCUCAAGUGCACAUCCCCUCUGACCUGCGGGCCCAACCAUCUGCGCUGUAACACCUCGGAGUGCGUGCCCCUAAUGUGGAGCUGCGAUGGAGACCCUGACUGCUCCGAUAGUUCGGAUGAGGGACCUGAACGCUGUGGCGGCGACGGGGUCCCUUACCUGCCUAACCGCCGGGCAAACUGCACUGCUGGGGAGUUUCGCUGUGCCAACGGGGAGUGUGUACGACUCACGUGGAAGUGUGAUGGAGAUCCAGACUGCAAGGACAAGUCGGAUGAGUCUGACUGUCCCCUGUUGACAUGUCGCCCUGAUGAGUUCCAGUGUGGUGAUGGUUCCUGCAUCCACGGCACCAAGCAGUGUAACAAGGUCCAUGACUGUCUUGACCACAGUGAUGAAUCUGGCUGUGUCAACGCCACCAAAUGUGAGGGACCCCUGAAGUUUCUGUGUAAGAAUGGAGAGUGCAUUGAUAGCUCCAAAGUGUGUGACUCCGUCAAGGACUGCAAGGACCGAUCAGAUGAGCCAAAGAAAGAGUGCGGACUAAAUGAGUGUAUGAUCAACAAUGGCGGCUGCUCUCAUGUCUGCAUGGACCGACCAAUUGGCUUUGAGUGCCAGUGCCCCACUGGCUACCAGCUCCUGGACAAAAAGACUUGUGGUGACAUUGACGAGUGUGAGAACCCUGACGCUUGCAGCCAGAUCUGCAUCAACUACAAGGGGGAUUUUAAAUGUGAAUGCUAUGAAGGUUAUGAGAUGGAUCCUGUCACUAAGACCUGCAAAGCGGAAGGGAAGAGUCCUUACUUGCUGUUCACCAACCGUCAUGAGAUCCGACGAAUCGACCUGGUGAAGCGGGAGUACAGCCAGGUGGUGUCCACCCAGAAGAACGCUGUGGCUCUGGACCUGGAUGUAGCCAACAACCGUGUCUUCUGGUGCGAUCGCUUUCACCGGAAAAUCUACAGUGCCUUCAUCCAUGAGGCCAGUGACCCCUCCCAGCAGGUGCCGCUGGUGGACUCACUCCUGCAGACCCCUGUGGGUCUGGCUCUGGACUGGCUCCAGCACAACCUGUACUGGACCGACUCCGGAGACAAAUCCAUCUCUGUGGCCUCAGUGGAUGCCACCAAGAGACGCGUCCUCAUCAACACCGACCUGAGUGAACCCCGGGGCAUAGCGUUGGAUCCCCACCACGGCUUCAUGUACUGGUCAGACUGGGGCACACAAGCCAAGAUAGAGAAGGCUGGGAUGAAUGGAGUGGACCGACAGGUGCUGGUGGCUGAUAACAUUGAAUGGCCCAACGGCAUCACUCUAGAUGUAGCCAACAGACGUCUGUACUGGGUGGAUUCAAAGCUUCACCUUAUAGCCAGCGUGGACCUGAAUGGAGCUCACCGUAGGACACACAUGUCGUCUGCAGAGACACUGGGACACCCCUACGCUCUGGCUGUUUUUGAGGAUCGUAUAUACUGGACAGACAGAGACAGGGCAGCGGUCUUCAUGGCCAACAGGCUGACCGGUCAGGACAUCCACACGCUGGCUGAAAACCUCAACGACCCCCAUGACAUUGUUGUCUUCCACCAGCUCCGCCAGCCUCAAGGCCCAGACAGCUGUAAUCUGGGCAGUGUGGCCAAUGGAGGCUGUGAGUACUUGUGCCUCAAGGCUCCACAGAUUACCGAACAUUCGCCAAAAUACACCUGUGCCUGCCCCGAGGGACAGGACCUGGGGCCUGAUAUGAGGGGCUGCGUGCCAGCAGCACCAAGAAACGAAACAACACAGACAUCCUCACCCCCUGCUGCUCUUACUCCUGGCACGAGAGCGACUGCUGCUGAAGACUUCCCACCUCCCUCAGGGGGAGUAUCACAGGCAGACGGCACCCCCCACCUGACCACAGCUCCCUCUGGUGCACCUGAACCCAUCACACCCCUCUCCACACUUAAGCCUGUGUCAUCACAAGAGUCAAAGGCACUGGGAUCCACCGCCACCACUAUGGUUGUCUCCACCACGCCUUCCGGGGACAGCAGCGUAUCUCAACACUCUGGAAGUGAGCAUUUCCUCCUGGGCGAGAACCUGACAGUGGCUGUUUUGGGAGUGGUCAUCCCCAUUGUUCCUAUCAUUGCCACAGUGGUGUUUGGCCUGGUGUGCGCCGGAGUGUACCUGGUGUGGCGUAACUGGCGGCGCAACUCCACUAAGAGCAUGAACUUCGACAAUCCUGUCUACCGCAAGACCACCGGCGAGGGCGAGGAGGACGAGAUCCACAUCGGGCGGACCGAUGGCAUGGGGCACCACGUGCACCACCACCCGUAUCCGCAAGGCGUCAACAUGGGAGUUGUCGGAGCAGGAGGCGGCACCUGCCCACAGUUCAUCGCCCUGCCUCUUGGGGGCAGCAUGCCUGACCCAGGGACUCACUGGUACACGGAGCAGCCCAUGCUCUCCACUGCAAAGUGACCCACACAGGGGGAAUCCGGGGAAGAUGGCCGCUCAGGCACACGCACACACGGUGAGGUCAGGGGUGACUUGGACUUGGAGUCUGCAGAAGGGACGAACAACAUAUCAUCAAGUGUUACACGCAGCCAUUCACAGCCAAUGUCCUGUGCCAAUUUCCAUCAGAAUUCAUAAGUCCAACAUGAUUUCAUACCUUUUCUGUGCUGGAGCUGCAUCUUUUUUCUAAGCUGGAGUAUGGAGUCAGAGUGGUUCCUGUUUUGAGUCUUUUUCAUUAACUGAGUGAGAUGUGUGCUGUGUGUCUUAUAUUUUGUGACAAAGCUAGCGAGAGGUUCUGUUUCGACGUCAGUUUAUUAAUUUGGGCUUUGUGUUAUUCCUGGUGGGCCGUAGAGCUCUGGGAACACUGUUUAGGAAGGAGGAGCUCUGAAACUGGGACAGCAUCUGCGUUUAUGGGACAAUCUGUACAGCUUCAUGUUAGAAUCGAUCACAGAUGUCAUUAAUGUAAUUUCUGUUAUCACUUCCCUGAAUGGGUUUUCUUUUGACUUCUCUAUUUGUUGUUUGAUUAUAAGAACAAGUGCAAAAUCCACAUUUUGUGCUUUCUCUCUGGUUCAGAGGAAGGUCUUUAAGGAUGAAUUGUCCCAUUUCGGAGUGCGCUUGAACAAAGUUCAUUUAAAAGGUUAUGUUUUUUGUUUGACCUUCAACACCUCAGAGUUUUGAGAGAAAUGCAUCCAGUUUUGCGGACUGAAAAGCAGAAAAUGAAGAUGUACAGUAUUUAGACACUUUUUCUUUGAGCAGAGCAGAUGCAGGGUUAGAGGGCAUUAGUUUUUAUGCAGCGUUUCUGUCUUCUUUACUGUGACUUGUUUAGGUGUUAAAUGGUUUGAGUAAAGCAAUAGACUGCAGCUUUUAGUCAGGCCGCAGAGUUACAUGGUUGACAAAAAUCCUCCAGUGUUAAGAAUUUUAUUUGAUCACCCACUUUUGACUGUGACAAAUGCACACAUAUAAAAUACACACGGGAUGUAGUGAUAACAGAUUCAUGCUGUUCUCCAGAGGACAGAGACAUCAUGCACUUGCCCUUUGAAAGACACAAACAGCAUGCAUAAUUGCUCACCAACAGACAAUGCAGCCGUUCAUUGUUCUGGACAAACACGCACACAUUCACAAAAACAAGCUGGACUCCACAGGCUGCUCUCCUCCUCCUGAGAAGGCUCAUAUCAGAGCAGACAGUUUUGGAUAGCGUCAUGCUGGAGGGCCCAGCUGGUGUCUGCAUGAUGAAAACGAGCAGUUAUGUGAUACAACCACAGAAAGCAAAAAGCAGACUGUGAUGUAAUGAGGUCGAGACCAAAUUGUCCAAUCAGUGAACACGUUUCAUGCUGGUGUAGUCCCGUCAUUAACACUGUCACUCCAUUCACAAAACUUAAAGGUCUGUGUGUGUGUGUGGGUGUGUGUGGGCGUGCGCUUGUGUAUGUAUUCAUUAUUAUGCAUGUGAGUGCUAAUGUUCAUCCCACAGCCAUAUUUGAACUGUUUUGUAUGCUCUUUGUUGCACAACCCUCUUAGAAUGCCUUCUGUUUUGUGUAUUGCAUGGAAGAAAAGUGUAUGAAGGUGUGUGGAAACACAGGUGUGUGUGUGUGUGUGUGUGUUGUGUGUGUGUGUGAGACAGUGUAUGACACUUGAGAAGCUUUGAGGGUGCUUUUUGAUUCAUUGAUUUGUAAAUAUGUUUUCAUAAGGUUUUUGAUAAUGUAUUAUACAAAUAUGUAAAAGAGAAGAUGUACAUAAGAUUUUAGAUAAAGUGUCGACAGCUAUAUUAAUUUAUUUGUAUAAAAAGAGAGCACUGCAUUCCCUGAUUGUAAGAAAUCUGAAUUAUUCACCAAAGUGGUUUGUGUUGUUUCUUGCUGUGCAUCACUUAGCAUCCUUUUUAUGUGUGCACCCUUUUUUUUUCUUUGUUAGCCCACGUAAAACAUGGUGUCCCCUCCCAAACAACUCCCACAUCUUUGCCACGCUUCCCAACCGUGAUGUUAAUGAGACGAUUGAUUAUUGUUUAUUUGUGCCUUUUUGUUUAUUUUUUCAUUUUCCUCUAGUAUUUUUCAUGGAAAGGACAGGGAUCAGCCAACUACUGUACAUGCAAAGAUGAACUGUAUUCAGACCAAACUGGUUCCACUUUUUGUUUUUCUGUAAUGGAUUACUUUUAAAUAUCUCUAUAUAUUGAUAUAUAAAAUCAGACUGAAAGUUUC